AUGUGUCUGGCGCCCUGUUGUAACACCAUCGCCUACUAGUUACAUACAGUUUUACAUAAGCUAUUCGAAAUCGACUAGCGGCUAACGUUCUCAUUCCCUAUACCAACAACAGCAACAGCAACAGCACGCACACACUUGCUCUCCUGUGAUAGACCGUUUACCUUGUUGUUUAUUGAAUUCUUAUUUCCUCUUCUUCACCAUCACCAUAUUCGGCUUUAUAAACUCUUCCUUCAUACUUCGCGCUUGGUUCAAGAUCACGACAUCGCACCAAUUCAGCUAAAAUGGGCAAGAGCCAACGCAACUACAGCCAUUCGAAACCCGACAACUUUGUCACUAUCCUGUACAGGAUCUUGGAGAGCGGCAAAUACUGGUGCCUUCACUGGAACGAGGAUGGCACUGAGGUCGUCAUCGAGCGUCCUGAGACCGUUGCCGACGAGGUGCUGCCACGCUACUUUGGCACCAAGAAGUACCAGUCUUUCACUCGCCAAUUCCAUCUUUACGGCUUCCGCCGCGUCACCGAUGGCCGCAAGGAGCGCACGCUCAAGGGCCACUGCCGGUUCCGCCACCCAGAGUUCCUUCGUAACCACCCCCACUUGCUUGACAAAAUUGCCCGUGUCAAAGUUCCCCGGCACCCGUCGGCCCAGCAGGACAUUAUGUCGUCGGGCAUGCUUGCCAACGACGAGACCAUGCGCAUCAACCCAUACGCCUCGACCCAGGCGGUGACCCUCCCACCCAUCCAGCUAUCGUCGGAGAAUGUCCAGGACGAGGACGACAAAGCGUUGCCGCACCAGCAGCUCAAUGAGCUCUCUGAAUCGCCGCACGUGUUCCCUCAGACCGUGCAGAUGGCAGAGAAGGACCCGAGUCCGAUGGAGUUUGAAGCUGCCAGUGCCCCCGAAUACCAAACGCUCCAGGCCAGACAGGCAGUCACUGCUCUGCAGUCUCUUGUGGAUGUCGUCGAUGAGCUUGAACCUACAGCAAAUCUGUCGUUGUACUGAUUGUCCUGCCCUUUGUAUAUAUCUGUAGUGCUCGUGUUCGUUCGUGGCCAGCUGGAACUUGUCAGUGAAGCAAUCACAAAGGCAUUGAAAACCAGCAGCGGAAGCCCUCUG